AAUUGGCAUUGCGGAACCUGGAGUCUGUGUUUACACAAGAGGCAGAGUUCACUUGGUAAACCUUAACCUGACGCCGGCAAAACAUGCUGCAACCCUUUAUACUCGCCCUCAGCCUGUUACCAUGGAUCCCAGGCUUCCUCUGCAGGGUUACCACAGAAGGAGAGCUAACAGUCCUGGAGGGUCAGUCCCUCACGGUCCCGUGUCAUUAUGAGCCUCAGUAUGCCAGCUACGUAAAAUACUGGUGUCGCGGGAAGAUAAGGGAGUUCUGCACCAGCUUAGCUCGGACAGAUGACCCCCGUUCCAUCAAUCCAGCCGAGGCGAAAGCGAGCAUUUUCGACGACCCGGUCCAGCUGGUGUUCACCGUCACCAUGAACGACCUGAAAGAGGGAGAGUCGGGGUGGUACAUGUGUGGCGUGGAGAUAGGCGGAGUGUGGAGCGCUGAUGCUGUCGCUUACACUAACAUAAAGGUCAUUCAUGGCAUGUCAGUGGUAAACAGCCGACUCGGGGGGGAAGAAGGGAGUAGUGUCACAGCUGAAUGCCACUACAGCGAGCGAUACAGAGAGAGUGAGAAGAAGUGGUGUCGGAGUGGAGACUGGAGCUCCUGUCUGCACACGGGUCCUGAUGGGAGCUACGAAGACACUUCAGUGGCCAUCAGCGAUGACAGAACUAGGACUUUCACUAUAACCUUUAAGAAGCUGCGGAUGAGAGACACUGGCUGGUACUGGUGCUCUGCAGGACAGCAGCAGGUGGCCGUGCACCUGCUGGUAACUCCCCGACCCACCACCACAGCAGUGACAGCAGUGACAUCUCCACCUACACUGCAGCCGUCUGGUGCCUAUCUGCCUCCACCCAAACCCGUCACCAAGGAGACCUGGAGCAGUCACAGUCACAUCCUGGAGACGUUGCUGGUUUGUGCACUGAUAAUGCUCCUAUUGGGCUUGGUCAUAUUGGCGAGAAAGUUGUGGAAAAUGCACAGGCAGGAUCCUGUGCUGAGACAAGUGGAGGCGAUAAAAGCGAGGCACAAUGAGUACCCGGGGGAUGUAGGUGACCUGCAAACCGCUGCUGUUGUUUUCCUUAACAGGGAUUCCCAGGACGUGCACAUGUACUGAGCUGUGUCGGUGCUGUGUUUAUUGUUACUGCUUGUAACUGAAUGUAAUUUUUAUGUUAGUUCACAGCACACCACACACCCUUUUUGGUGUCUUUUGUAUAUUACAUAUCAGCACAUUUAACCCUCUGGAGUCUCCAAAAGCACCAAAAAAAGACACUAAAUGAGAAGACAGAAAAACCCCAAAAAACCCCACAGAAGACACAAAAUGACAAAAAAAAGACAGAAAAUGACUAAAAAAAGACACAAAAUAACUAAAAAAGACACGACAGACACAAAAUUACCAAAAAUUUCACAAAAAACACACAAAAUUACCAAAAAAGACACAAAAUGACAAAAUAAAUACACAAAAUAACUAAAAAAAAAGACACAACAGACACAAAAUUACCAUAGAUACAAAAAAGAUACAAAAAAGACACGAAAAUAUUUUUUAAAAAAAGACACAAAAUGACCCCAAAAAGACUCAAAAUUACCAAAAAAAGACACAGAAUUACCAAAAAAGACACAAAAUUACCAAAAAAAGACACAAAAUGACUUACAAAGUCACAAAAAGGAUUCAAAAAUGGACAAAAUAGCCCAAGACUCCAUAGAGUUAAAGACAUUAUGGUAAUAAUGUUCUCUGCUUGCUGUUUCCCAUCAUGCAACUGGUAACUGGGACAGGCUGGAGAUCUUACAGGAGUAUAUUUGUCUUGUAAGGCUCCUAAAAAAUAAGCAUGUGCAACACUGUAGCUACCUAGACUGUUAUAAUGAAUGGUUCAUAUUAUGUCUGACAUUUACUGUAUGUCCUAUGUUUUACAUAAUUCUCUACAUGUUUAAAACAGCCGUUGUAAUGUGAAAAAGUGCCUAUCACAUGUCACAUUUUAUAUGAUGUCAUGAAAAUCACGCAAUACUCUCACAAGUGUUGUGGAAACUGCCGAUUCUUGCCUCGAUUCUUGAAUAUUUUAUGAAUCAACCAUUCCAUCACACACAGAGAAAGACAGCAGUCUGUGAUGUCUGUGUGCCUUUACAAUGGCAUCGAUACUAAGGCAUAUUCUCAAAGAGAACAGGUGCAUCUACCAAAUGCCAAAUUACCAGCUACAUUACAAGCACCAGCUAGCUUAAUUAGCAAGGUGCAGCCAUAAUUCAGGUUAGUAUAUUCAUCAAUUGUAUAUUCAUUGGGAUACUAAUUUUGGCUGGAGAGUAAUGGGUCUAAAACUAAAUGUAUUUACUAGAAAAAACAAACAAACCUCUAAACCCCCUUUUCGACCAAGCUGGUUCCCGGCCAGUGCCCAAUUGCAAACCAGUUCUUUGGUUUUCCACCGCCAAAGAGCCAGCUUCCGGCCAGGAAAACUGGUUCGACAGCGGCACCAACAAGACCAACUCAGUGCCGUCAGAGCAGGGGUCUCAAACUCAAAUUAGCUUGGGGCCACUGGAGGCAGUAUCAAAAUGACAGAAAAAAAGAA